GAAAGGGAAAGAGGCCACAAAGAAGAAUAUUUGGUUUUCCUAUCACUGUUUAUCUUUCUGGUCUUAUGAUCUCGACCUGCAAGUUACCUCUGCAUUGAACCUCGUGAAAACUGGUUCAGAGAAUUCUGCUGUAAGGUCACGCUAUUUACAUAUGGCUAGUUGCGAUAGCAACAACCAGCAUGAAUUGAUAGAGAGGGUGAAAUAUGGAGGCGCUGUUCCACUUUGUGAACCAGAUAACUGCUCCAGUGGUUGGGCUUCCCCCCCAGGAGACAAGUUUAUGGUCAGAGGUCCAGAGUACUUUUCUACAAGGGUUAAGAUUCCUGCUGGUGAAUUCCUUCUAAAACCUCUUGGAUUUGAUUGGAUAAAAGGGCCUACGAAGAUUGUGGAAGUUUUAAACCAUCCAGAUAGCCGCAUUAGGCAGGCUCUUCAGGAUGAGUUUCCUGCAGGUGGUAAACCUUUUGUUUGGGCUUUCAAUCUUCAAGUCCCAAGUAAGGAAAAUUAUAGUGCUGUGGCAUAUUUUGUGGCAUUGGAGGCAAUCCUGGAGGGGUCCUUGAUGGACCGAUUCUUAAAAGGGGACGAUGGAUUUCGAAACUCGAGGCUUAAAUUGAUAGCCAACAUUGUGAAGGGUCCAUGGAUAGUUAGAAGAGCUGUUGGGGAGCAGGCAAUAUGUAUACUUGGACGAGCAGUUUCUUGCAAGUAUUUUAUAGGACACAAUUACAUAGAAGUUGAUAUUGAUAUUGGAGCUUCAAUGGUUGCAAAUGCAAUUGUUCAUCUUGCAUUUGGCUACAUCACAACACUGACUGUUGAUCUGGCAUUUUUUAUUGAGAGUCAGACUGAGUCAGAGCUUCCAGAAAGGAUCUUAGGAGCUGUAAGAUUCUCGGACUUAAACCCAGCUUCAGCCAGGUCAAUUGAGCAACAUUCUACUGAGGGUGUCAGAAAUUUGCAAUCUUCUCUGCCAACACGAUUAUGGAAAUCACUGGGACAAGGCUUCACAAAUCUUGUACACCCUGGCGCUCAGGAAAGUAGCUCUGGUUCCAUGUCAGCACAUGUCAAUGGCAAUGCCAAUCAUGAAGACUGCACUGAUGGCAGUAUUAAAAAAUGAACUUUUUCAGCUUUCAUUUGUGGCUUCAUGGAUGUGUUUAUAUAUCUGCAGAUUGGUUUGGCCCAUGGGAAGAGAAGGGAACCUGAAAAAUACUAAAUAUCUAGAAGUUGUAUGUAGCCAUCUGGUAUAUUGCACUCCAUCAUGCUGACUCAGUGAUUCUUCCCUCAACUAAAUUAUUUUAGUCUGAGCAACUUGGCAUGGCUGAAGGCAUUAGAUGGCUCCUCUGUUUUUCACAAGCUGAAUUUCUUUGCUGUGACUGUGAUUACAGGGCAUUUGUAUCAUUCCCAUCAAGCCAGGUUAUUUAAAUUGUUGUCAGCAUGGAUUUCUAUUACUUGUUGAUAAUGAAAUAUCUAUGUCGGCACUGAACAAUUUUUCAGUAGCUAAAUUAGUCUUGAAUUGUUGUUUUCACCAUGAUUUCUCAUGAAUUAUGAACCAUUUCAUCUGUAAUUGAUGUAUUUAUCCGUAGAGAAUUGAUUUACAUACUUAUGGUU